CAAAAGUCUACAGGAGAUCUGCAGCAUGUAAAGGGAGAUCAUAAUCUCUCCAACUUACCGAUGAAGCUACCACCAAAAAUUGCACCACAAUCUCAGAUAUAACUGCUCUGGUCUAGCUUGCACUUUGCAGUGUUUUUGUCAAGCAAUUGACUAAAUUUACCUGAAGGCCAUACUCCAUGGUUGAUCCAGUCAAGCAAUUUUGUUAAGAAAAAUUAACAGUAAAACUUAUAAAGGAUAUUUUCUGCUGCUUCUCUUACUCAACCACAUUUUUUCCCUUUCAAUAUUCAUGGUACAUAACCUUCAAAUUUGAUAGGGAACAUCAGCAGGAUGGAAAAUGACAUCAUAAUGAUUAUUUUUUAAGCUGUAACUUGCAGAAAACUGUGUAGACAAUACGUACAGUCAUACGAUGUAGCAUCAAAUUGUCAUGCCAUCUGUAAUAUACUAGCCGUGCUGCUUUGCUCAUUGCUGGCAAGCGGCAACGUCUAGGUAUCUGCUUCUAAUAAAAGCCUUUGAUAUUUCCAGUGCAUGAUAAGGCUGCUGGACUCUCCUGCACAAUUAACAUCCGCGUCGCUUCUGAAAAGUCUGACAUAUCAAGAUGCAUAUAUAAAGAGGCAAGACAGACAGAAUAUGAAGUCGGAAUAUCUGGACUUAUUUUUAAUAUCCCCUCUAGCUAAUAAAUUGGACGAUUGGUACAACUAAAUCUGGCAAGUACUCUAAAAUGUUCGUGGAGAGAAUAGAGAAAUCUAAAUGGCAAAUGUAGUGCUGGAAGGGAGUUUGACUGACACCCAAGGCUGCAGCAGCAAAAGAAAAUUAGAUGAAUGGGUACUACAAGUGGAGCAGGAGCUGAUGAAUGAUGAAGAGAUAAUUGAUCGAAAGUUAGCUACCAUCUUCCACGUGCCAAAGCCACUGCGAGACUCCAACAAACAUUAUUAUACUCCAAGUCUUGUUUCUAUCGGGCCUUAUCAUUUUGGGAAGCCAGAGCUGAGUAGCAUGGAAAACCAUAAAUCUGAAGCAGUGCGCAGAGUGCAAUUGAGAGUUCAGAAGAAAUUCCCAGAACUUACUAUCAAGUCUAUAGUUGAGUCAGACAUAAUGAAAAUGGACAAGAAAACGAGGGCGUGUUACGAUGAAGAAAUUCCCUGUAGUCCCAUAGCAUUAUCUUGGAUGGUCACCAGAGAUGCCUGUUUCAUUCUUGAAUUUCUCCUCAAUUAUAUAAGUGGUUUUGUGGAAUACAAGGAGGAAAAAGUUGUUUCCAUAAAGUACAAUUCAAUUUUUGAUGGGUGUGUUAAGAACCCUACAUGGGAAAGAAUUAUAGAUGAUCUUUUACUACUUGAAAAUCAAAUACCUCUUUUCAUUAUGAAACACCUCCUUGAAAUGGAGAUGGGUUCUAAUGUUGCAGCCGACGAAAAACUUAAUGAUAUGAUGCAGAAACUGCUUUCCGUUAACUUACAUGUAAUUUUUUCAUGGGAUGCCGAGCAAUUCAAUGGGAAAUCUUGUCAUCUUCUUGAAGUACUCUACCUUUCGAUGGUGGGCUCGAAGCUUGAAUCUUAUUACCAAGAAGCUGCGUCACUUGAGAAAUCACAGUUGUUUUCUUUUUAUUGCAGUUCCAUUUCCCCUGCCUUUUUGAAAAAUCAUGCUGAUUUUAUUAAGACUGUUUUUGAAUCCAUAUUGAUCUAUUGUUGUAAGCCGUGUUCACAUUUGAUGAAGAGGGACUUGGAUUUGUCCCUACCAACUGCUAGCCGUGUUUUUGAAGAUAAGGUAGUUCCACAAAGACGAAGACCAAAGCUACCCUCUGCAGUGGAACUAAAAAAUGCAGGAGUGAAGCUUCAGCCAGUGAUCCUUACAAAUGCAAUUGCCUUAGGGGAAUCAGUUGCACCAAUCAGAUGGAUACGAUUUGAUGAGAACACAGCAACACUCUAUUUACCUGAAAUUUUCAUAAAGCAGAAUUCACAUUCACUCAUCAGAAACUUGAUUGCGAUGGAAGUUUCCACUGACAAGUAUGAUCCGAGCCCAAUUACUCAGUUUGCUAAAUUUAUGGAUGAGCUCGUUGACAGCCAGGAUGAUGUUGCCGCGCUGAAGAAAAAAGGAAUAAUUAACAAUUUCCUGGGAAGUAAUGAAGAAGUGACACAACUCUUCAAUUCCUUAACCUCUGGGAUUGUCUCUCAAUAUUGGUGCAAACCUAUUGACGACGCAAGAAUAGGACUUGCCAAGUACCAAGAAAAGAAACACAAAAUCCUUUGGAGUGAAUUUGUGGCUGCUUAUUUUUCAAAGCCAUGGCUGGUUGCUGGUUCCCUAGGAGCCAUUUUCCUCCUCCUCAUGACAGUCUUGCAAGUUUUCUGUUUAUUUUACUCAUGCAAUAAGUCUUUUUAAAAUGUCAUGUGUUCUCUUUAGAUGUGCAAACUCUUAAAUGAACAUACUUGAGGGAAUUGAAUUUGUUUUUCUUUGUUUUACUCAAAGCUUCUCAUUAGUAAAUGUAUGGAAGUAAAAGUAUAGUAUAUUAUCCACAAUAAGGCUGAAUUUUACAGAAAUAAAUAGCAGAUUUAGUCCCUACCAAAGAGCAUGGAUUAUUUGAUUUUCAGAAGACCAUUAUACUCUCAAAAUCCACCUUUUCAAUAACAGCAGUAGUGAAAAAUUAUCAACCUACAAUAGAGUUAAGAAUAUUUUGUUCAAUUGUGCAAUCCACGUAAUAUCCUCUGCAAAUGAUUUCGGAGAUGGAAUUCGAAAUUCUUUUAAAUUUCUCUAUUAAGUUACCAAACACUGGUUGUCAUGAGUAUGACCUUACAAAAAUAUUCCUCGGGAAUCCAGAGUAAUCACUUCUCUGAAAUCCACCCUUUGUUCUAGUACAUUAAUGGAAAGGAAACAUUCAGAGUGCGCCUUCCAUUCCAGCACUUUUGAUGUUGCUUAGACUUUACCUUUAGAGUGAAAAAUUAGGUAGGUCUCCCAUAUCCAGUUCCAAAGAGCUUGGAAG